AGAACUACACGACCUAGAGUGGUUGUUACAAUGGAAGGAACUGAUGAUUUCAAGACACCAAGCAAAUUAUCUGAUAAAAGGAAAUCUGUGUUAUGUUCAACUCCAUGUAUAAAUAUUCCUGCCUCUCCAUUUAUGCAGAAGCUUGGCUUUGGGACUGGGGUAAAUGUUUACCUAAUGAAAAGAUCUCCAAGAGGUUUGUCUCAUUCUCCUUGGGCUAUGAAAAAGAUUAAUCCCAUAUGUAGUGAUGAUUAUCGGAGUAUAUAUCAAAAGAUACUAACUGAUGAGGCUAAGAUUUUGAAGAACCUUCAUCAUCCAAACAUUGUAGGUUAUUGUGCUUUUACUGAAGCCAAUGAUGUCAGUCUGUGCCUUGCUAUGGAGUAUGCAGGUGAAAAGUCUCUAAAUGAUUUAAUAGAAGAGCAAAAUAAAGACAGCCAAGAUGCUUUUCCAGCACCUAUAAUUUUAAAAGUUGCUUUGAACAUGGCAAGAGGGCUAAAGUAUCUGCACCAAGAAAAGAAACUGCUUCAUGGAGACAUAAAGUCUUUAAAUGUUGUAAUUAAAGAUGAUUUUGAAACAAUUAUCUGUGAUGUUGGAGUCUACCACUGGAUGAAAAUGACUGUGAUUGAUCCUGAGGCCUGUUAUACUGAGCCUUGGAAGCCCAAGGAAGCUUUGGAGGAAAAUGGCAUCAUUACUGAUAAGGCAGACAUACUUGCAUAUGGCCUUACUCUGUGGGAAAUGAUGACUUUAUCUAUUCCACACUUUAAUUUUUAUGAUGAUGACCAUCAUCAAGAUAAAACUUUUGAUGAAAGUGACUUCAAUGAUGAGGCAUAUUAUGCAGCAUUGGGAACCAGGCCACCUAUUAAUAUGGAAGGACUGGAUGAAUCCUACCAGAAAGUAAUUGAACUCUUCUCUGUAAACACUAAUGAAGAUCCUAAAGAUCGUCCUUCUGCUGCACAAAUUGUUGAAGCUUUAGAACUAGAAGGCCAGUGAUCAUAUUCAUGACUAUCUCACAAUGAUGUAUGAUUUGUAUAUGUAACUGUUCUCUUUGUUUGGAUACAUUG